CGAAAUGAAUUUAAUCUGCUGCCCAUACCAUACCAUACCAUUUAUACCAAUCACCAACUUCAUCAUAGAUCACUUUGACAAUUAUUGUCUGGUAAAAAUUUGUUGAUCUAGAAGAGCGCCAAGCACAGCGGUAUUUAAGAACACGUUUUUGUAAGAAAAGCUGAUAACCAUUUUCUAAUUAACAGUUUUACCUUGUCUUUGUGUGCGAAAAUAUGUGGAAAAAGCAAAACAACGAAUACAUUGAUAUUUGCAAUGGGCCUGAAUCACUCGCUUGUGAUAUAAAUCCUCCAAGUGCGGUCUUCGCUAGGCUACAAGCGAGUGGAUGUUUAAUGGGCAAACCCAAAAACAAUCAUGGAUCGAAGUUGUGCCGUGAAAUCGGUAAUAAACAAUUUGCUGAAUCCAAGUGGAUAGAAGCUAUCGGAUUAUAUAAUCGGGCGAUAUGCGCUGCAAAAAACGUUUCAUCUGAAUUGGUUGGUUUAGCCUACGCCAAUCGAUCGGCGUGUUUCUUCGAGUUACAAAUGUACGAAAAAUGUUUGGUAGACAUAACUCUUGCGAAGGAAGCAAACUUUCCACAACGAUUGAUGGCUAAGUUAGAUAAACGUCGUGACGACUGUUUGAAUUUCAUCGAAUCUGGCUCUAACCCCGUGCCAUUCGAGCCGAAAUUGAGCUUCGAAAGUCAUCCAAAAUUUACGGGAAUGGCAAACGUUUUGGAGAUUAAACUGGACAGUGAAUUUGGCCGUCAUAUUACUGUCACGUGUGACAUUGAUGUUGGCAAAAUAGUCGUAAUGGAAAAAGCUUUUAUGACCGCUUAUCGGUACGAAAAGUUUAGAAGAUGCGACACUUGCAUGAUGAAGGACACUAACUUGAUACCGUGCACAAGAUGCACCGACACAAUGUUUCAUUCCAGUGAAUGUAAGGCCAGCGAUUUUCAUAAGGUCGAAUGUGGUAUGUAUACAUUGCCUAUCGAUGCCGAAGAUUACAAUGACAACCAGCGUCACAUCAUUCGAAGUAUUCUACAAGCCGUUAAUAUGUUUGCAACUGCGGAGGAAUUACAGCAGUUUGUCGAGGAUGCCAUUUUCAGCGAUAGCAUGGAAAUCCCCGAAUCACUUUUAGAUGAAAAGUCGAACUAUCGCGAAUUUGUGAAACUUUGGCACGAACCGAAUGUGUACCUACGGGAUAUGUUUGGGCAGCAGGUCUACUUUGUCCACAAGAAACUUCUGGACCAUCCAACAAUUGGAUCGAAGUUCAAUACAAAGGAAACGCAACGUUUUCUAAUGCAUUUGGUUGCGCAACAUUAUUGUAUCAUCAAUUACUCCGGCAACAUUGUAUUCGACAAUUCUGAUGAUCUCGUCGGAUGGAACUUUGAAGAGUUUCGAUCCGUGAUCGCAAUGUAUAUGAAUCAUUCGUGUGCACCGAAUGCAACAUUGGUUUCCUUCGACGGAUACAAUGUAAUUGUCACAAUUCGACCGAUCAAAGCCGGUGAGCAAGUGUUUUUGUCGUAUUUCAGAAACGACAAAAUUCAACAUUCAACAAUCGAUCGUAAGAAGUACAUCUUGGCGCGGUGUCGAUUCAACUGCAACUGUGAGCGAUGUAACGGAAAGUCAUUGCCGAGUGGGGAACGUAACGAAAUGAAGAAGGACGAAUGUUUUCGCUACAUCGAACGGAACAAACCGAAAAUCAAUUUUCUGGUUGAGGGACCUAUCCAAACGCCAGCGGCUAAAGAGUUGGAAGAAAAAUGUAUUGAGUUUUUGAACCGAUACGGUCGUAAGAUUUGGUGCAAUGAAAUUGAUUUUGUUACGGACUGCUACAGACGUUUGCUGGCUGCAAAGUUCAAUAAUAAGAUUCAUUUUUAGAAAAAGGUCAUGUGAGACACUGAUAGAUAUAAUUUUGUAACCUAACGUUCUGGAAUUUAAUAAACUUUUGUCGAACAAGAAAAA